AUGGACUCUCUUUUCUCCCAAUUCCUCUUCUUGCUCCUCUCAUCAUCUUUGUUCCUCCUAAACGCAAACGCAAACACGGAACGCGAACUCGGUUUCACAGUCGAUCUGAUACACCGGGAUUCACCCGAAUCGCCGUUUUACCAUCCCGUCGAGGAGGCUCCGUUUCAGCGUGUGAGAAACGCGAUCCUCAGAUCGUUAAACCGUACGGUUCAUUUCGGUUCGGUUGAUUUGUCUAAAACCCCGAUUCAAACAGAUAUACUGUCCGAGCAGGGUGAGUAUCUGAUGAAGUUCUCCCUCGGUACGCCUCCGUUACCGAUCAUGGCGAUCGCGGACACGGGGAGCGAUCUGAUAUGGACUCAGUGCGAGCCAUGCAUGGAUUGUUACCCGCAAGAGGCUCCUCUCUUCGAUCCCAAAAACUCAUCCACGUACAAAAACGUUUCUUGCGAGUCAAGGCAAUGCAAAACCCUAAAACGAACCACUUGUUCCGACGACGGCCGUUGCCGGUACUCCGUUUCGUACGGCGACCGGUCUCGUUCCUACGGAAACGUCGCUCUGGACACGCUCACGCUCGGUUCCGCGGAUCAACGCCCCGUGCCGCUGCGGAACAUCGCCUUCGGCUGCGGUCAUGACAACUCUGGAACGUUCAACAAGAAAGGUUCGGGGAUCGUAGGCCUCGGAGGAGGUUCCCUAUCGCUUGUUUCCCAAAUCCGCGAUUCGAUAAGAGGAAAAUUCUCGUACUGUCUGGUCCCUUUGUCGUCAGAAUCCGGCCGAACCAGCAAGAUGAACUUUGGUUCCAACGCUGUCGUGUCGGGAAGCGGAGUCGUCUCCACCCCGAUCGUCAAGAAAAAUCCGGAAACGUUCUACUUUCUAACCCUAGAAGCCAUUAGCGUGGGAGACAAGAAACUGAGAUUCCCGGGCUCGAACUUUGGAACCGACGAGGGAAACAUAAUCAUCGACUCGGGCACGACGCUGACGACGCUGCCGUCGACGUUUCACUCUGAGAUCGUGUCAGCCGUCGCGGCCGCGGUCAAAGGAGAGCGAGUGGACAGUCCGAUCCGAUCGGUUCUGAAUCUCUGUUACAGAGCGAGUUCCGACGUUCGAGUUCCGCCGAUCACAGUUCACUUCAAAGGCGCGGACGUGAAUCUCAAGCCCAUGAACUACUUCGUGCAGGUUUCGGACGACGUCGUUUGCUUCGCUUUCGCUGCGAACGACAGGUUUGCUAUCUACGGCAACUUGGCUCAGACGAACUUCCUUGUCGGAUACGACGCCGUUUCGCAGAAGGUGUCGUUUAAAAAUGCUGAUUGUGCGAAGAUGUAGGGAGAA